GUCUUGGUAGCAAAAGCGACGUAAAUUUGUAAACACGGUCGUCUCGUCGUCGCUUUGAGAUUUUUUUCUCUCGUUUUAAGGAGGUUUUAAUCGCACAGACACACCGCGCGCUGAUCACACCAAGCAUGGACGUCGGGGAGAUUUUAAAUUUCAAGCCUGAGAUGGCCGUGAAGCGUGCAGCAGAAGAGGAGGACGAUGAGAAGGACCGGCCGGGCAAGAAACGAGGUCGACUGGAGUCCAGGGGUCUAGGGCCCCAGCCCCCUUCCUCCCACCUGGGCAGCUUAGGGGGUGUGGCCUCAGCUCGGACGCGGCAGAUUGUGGAGGAGAAAUUGAUAGAAUACGAAGAGCAAGAAAACUCUGAGCUGACAGACGGUCCCCUGAAUGAGUCAUUGCUCAAGAAAAUGAUUUUGAGCUUUGAGAAACGUGUACUGAAAAAUCAAGAAUUGCGAAUCAAGUUCCCUGAUGAUCCUCGCAAAUUCAUGGAAUCGGAGAUAGAGCUGAAUGAUGCUGUUGAGGAGCUGCACGUCGUGGCCACUGUGCCUGAGCUGUAUCCUGUGCUGGUGGAGCUGGGCACCGUCAAAAGCCUGCUCUCGCUCCUCAGCCACGACAAUACCGACAUUGCCAUCGCCACAGUUGACCUCCUGCAGGAAAUGACCGAGCUGGAGGACAUACAGGAAGAGGAGGGUGCUGAGGCUCUGAUUGACGCACUGCUGGAGGGCCAGGUUGUCACCACACUCGUCCACAACUUGCAGCGAAUGGAUGAGGCCAACAAGGCAGAAGCAGAUGGUGUUCACAAUAAAACAGGGAUAAUUGAGAACCUGGCAGAGGUGCGUGUGCAGGUGUGUCGAGAUGCUGGUCCUGGGGGCUUGCUGGCGUGGCUCCUGAAGCGGCUGAGGGCAAAACUGCCGUUCGAUGCCAACAAGCUGUACAGCUCGGAGAUCUUGGCCAUUUGUAUGCAGAACCAUGAGGAGAACAGGCGUCUCCUGGGUGAAAUGGACGGGAUUGAUGUGCUCCUCCAGCAGCUUGCCGUUUACAAGCGACACGACCCAUCCACCAACGAGGAGCAGGAGAUGAUGGAGAACCUGUUUGACACCCUCUGCUCCUGCCUCAUGUUCACACCCAACAGAGACCUCUUCUUGAGGGGUGAGGGUCUACAGCUUAUGAACCUUAUGUUGAGAGAGAAGAAGCUCUCCCGCAACGGAGCCUUGAGAGUGCUUGACCAUGCACUUACGGGUCAGGAAGGCGCUGACAACUGUAACAAAUUUGUGGAGAUCCUAGGUCUACGGACGAUCUUCCCUCUCUUCAUGAAGACUCCCGGCAAGCAUGGCAAGAAAGGCCUCACUAAGGACCAGCAUGAGGAACAUGUCAUCUCUAUCAUCACAUCUCUGCUCCGCAACUGCCGCCCCAACCAGAGAACACGCCUCAUCAACAAAUUUACAGAGAAUGACCAUGAAAAGGUGGACAGGCUACUGGAGUUACACUUCAAAUACCUGGAGAAGGUCCUAGCCACCAACCUUGAGGAACAGGCCAAGGCAGAGAAUCUGGAUGAAGAUGAGCUGUACCUGCGCAGGCUGGAUGGUGGCCUGUUCACACUACAGCUGGUCGACUACAUAAUGCUGGACGUGUGUGCAACAGGACCACCUUCCAUCAAGAGACGUGUGCUCAAGAUCCUCAACCUCCGCAAUGCAUCAGUCAAGACCAUCAAGAAUAUCAUGAGAGAAUAUGCCAGUAACCUAGGAGAUGGAACUAACUCAGACGCACAGGCCGAAGAGCAGGACAGAAUACUUGACUUGCUUGAUAAGUUCCAAAACACGUGAGACCAGCUGAGGCCAGAGUGCUAGGGUGCAUGCUAACAUGCAGCUAUCGCCUUGGACAGUGAGACUUCUCUUUUAGGCUAGAUGAGUUGGUUUUGUUAGAUUGAGAACUUUUCCUCUCAAACAGGUACACUUCAGAAGUACAAAGAUGCUUAUUAGAAAAGAAAAUCGGCCUAAUGUGUCCUAAAAUACUUUGAUGUUCAGAGAAACAAUACACAAAGAGGCAGAAAGAAUAUAUCUUGUCUUUCCUUAUUCUGUUUUGAUUAGUUUUUUAAGGUUUACAUCCAGAUACUUCUUUUUGCUUAUAGUCUUUUCAUUUUUCGUCCCCCAGUCAUAUGAACUUAGAUCUAUGGGUACGUCUUUCAUAUGUUAUUGCAUUUCAUUCUGUCUCUUGUGUCGUGUCUGUGAAAUUCUGGUCUUGCAUCACCAGUAGAAAAUAUGCGGCAUCAUUUUUCAUUUAGGUGUGAAAAUCAAGAGCAUUUUUUAAUUAUGUUGAUGACCAAAAUGAAAAAGUGACAGUAGUUA